AUGCACGCAUAUUGCGAUGCACCGGCGAACGUCGGCUACACGCAUCUUCCUUCACCUGCCCUUGCAUCUUCACCCGCCCUCACAUUUUCACCCGCCCUUGCAUUCUCACCCGCCCUCACACCUUCACCCGCCCUCACAUUCUCACCUGCCCUCGCAUUCUCACCUGCCCUCGCAUCUUCACCCCUCCUUUGCGCUAUGUCCAGCUCUUCAGCUGGGAUCUCAAGUAAACUCGACAAAGCCCUCGAAGCACACAAAUACAUGAUGGACGCCAUCGACGACAUCGCAAAGGCCAGCUGUCUCGAUUGGUCCAACGGCAAGUCUUCCGUCGUGUCACCCACAACUAUCACGCUCACCCGCAUGCCACUCAGAGUUCAAGGAGAAAUGCAGCGCGCUUGCUGCGGACAACGACCGUAUUCUUGGUGUAUGUGCCUCUUUCCUUACCUCAAGCCAAGACUUCAACAAUGCCCUGGGCGCCUCAAAAGAUUCAGGCUCGCUAUGAUGAGGAGGCCUCAGGAAGCUCCCGCACCUGCACCUGCACUGCCUAUCACCUCACCACCAGUCGCUGUUACCACCGCCAUCAAAACUCAUUUACGACACCUAUUCUCCCAGUCACCCCCCAUCAUGCAACGCCGCCCGUUGUCGAUGUUCCAUUCACGAAGGCUAAAGAGGUCAGUAUAUACUUCCCGCCUUAAAAUGGCUCUCAUGUUUUGGUGUGUUGCUCUCAAGCUCGUAUGCUACAAGAAAGAAUCUUCACCUGCCCUCGCAUCUUCACCCAACCUCGCAUUCUCGCCCUCACCCAACCUCGCAUCUUCACUGCCUGUCACAGUGACACACUAG